GGCCUGCUGCCUGCUAUUGCUUCCAUUCUGUUCACCUUCAUCCACUCUCAACAUUCAAGCAUGGAGGCUUGGACUCGAUGGAUCUACUGCCGAUUCAUGGGAUUUAUUAGACGCUUUUAACACCGGAGAUACGACCCUGGAGCGGAUAACGUCUCACAUUUGGAUUUUAUUGCUUUUCCAAGCGGACAUUUGGGCUGGACGCUCGACGAGAGCAAGAUGAAGCGGGUGGCUGUGGUUACCAGGCACAAUGGCCUCGUCGCCCCGCUGGGUAACAACAACUCCGGAGCUUCGAGCAUCGUCUCGCCUCCCCAGCGGAGACCUCCUAACAUCCCCACUUCCACGGACAGACGUCCCGGUGACGGGAAGGAGGCUUUAUUGAACAUUAGCAGGAGUCCCGCUGUCAAAUCUGAGCUCGUGUGCAAAUGGGCAGGCCGAAUGUCGAGCAGACAGAGGUUUGUCUGCAACCAAACUUUUACCUCCAUGCCCGACCUGGUGGACCACGUCACCGCUGAGCACGUCACGGCGGGGCUGGACGCCCUCAGUCACGUCUGCAUGUGGAGCGAGUGUGUUCGCGGAGGCAAGGCGUUUAAAGCCAAAUACAAACUUAUCAAUCAUAUCCGAGUGCACACCGGGGAGAAGCCCUUCUUGUGUGCCUUCCCCAACUGCGGCAAGAUGUUCGCACGAUCCGAGAACCUCAAGAUCCACACUCGCACGCACACCGGCGAAAAACCAUUCCAGUGCGAGUUCUGUGAGCGACGCUUUGCCAACAGUAGUGACCGUAAGAAACAUUCCCAAGUGCACACUUCUUCAAAACCCUACGACUGUAAGGCCCUGGGUUGUACCAAGUCCUACACGCACCCAAGCUCUUUGCGCAAGCACAUGAAAGUCCACAUUAAGUCAUCACCUACCUCCGAGCCCUAUGACAUAUACAACGCCAUCCAUCAACACCAACAACCUCAGUCUCUUCUUGAGCCACUGGACCUUAAAAUCAACCACCUGUCCCCAUCGUUCAGCAAUCAAAAGACCAAUUUUGAUUUUGAUAUCAGUUUAGCCAACAAAUUCAACCACAAGCUAGAGCCUAGUUCGUCUCCGCUGGCAAUGCCUCUGGACCUAUCUCUGUCAGGACUCAAGAGUCACAGGACCCCAGGAAGAAGCCAUCAGUCAGUCAACCCAGUCAUACCUGAGUUGCCUAACAUUAAAGAGUGGUAUGUCUGCACCAGAACUACAGCACAAAGCUUUGCUCUGCCCCACCCACAUGACAUCAAAUCUGAACCGAGCGACGACGAGGACUACGUCACGUAAGCCGGUGGUACCCAGUGUUUAGGAGGUGAUGAACAGACAGAUAUAGUAAAACCCAGAACAGAGGAUGUCUGGAAUUGGAUUGUUAUUAUUUUUGCUUUCAUUUCCAUUCAUUCAUUAAUUUGAUGAGCAUUUUUCUCCUGAAGAAAACAACCUCUGGGACUGUUAAAGUGACGCUACUCUGCUAUGCAUAUUCAGUUCUUUCUUGUCAAAUACCAGGACAUCACCGCUGUUGUAUGAUAGCCAUGCAUUGCCCUGAUGCUGACUUGUCCUCCUUAAGACAGAAUGGGCUCGGGAUAAUUCCAACUUUCCUGACUGUGUAUAGUUUAGUCCAGAAGUAUUUGGACGGUGACGUUUUUUUAUGAUUUUUCUUUCAUGUUUUUUUAUACACCACCACAAUGGAUAUGAAAUAAAACAAGUUCAGCUUUACUUAAUUUUUUUUUUCAAUAUGGCAUUUACUUUAUCAUUGAGAAAUCCAUCCAAUUUAUAAAAGCACACAUUUUCAGGUGAUCAUUUUCUGUGCAUCGGGAGAACACACAACCACUUCCCCAGCAGAAAUUUGAACACAUGUCUUCCUGAUCUCCUGACUGUGUGGCCAACAUGCUAACCACUCGGCCACCGUGCGGCCCAUGAGCAAAGAUAUUUCAACAACUGACAUACAGAUGUUUGUUGAUCUAACCGUAAUUUUUAUCACUGGAAUGGACAUGGCGUCACCAAAUUCACAGUUUCUGUUCUGGGGAUGCUAUGCCAGACCUUCACUGCAGCCACUGUACUUUUGGGUGCUUUGUCUGUUACUGUUGCAUUGUGUAGUUCAAUCCUCCAAAACUUAACCG